AUGAAUGCACUAGCAGCCACCAACAGAAACUUCAGGUUGGCCUCUAGGCUUCUGGGACUGGAUUCCAAGCUUGAGAAAAGUUUGCUCAUUCCAUUCAGAGAAAUCAAGGUUGAGUGUACCAUCCCUAAGGACGAUGGCACUUUGGCCACUUAUGUUGGAUUCAGGGUUCAACACGAUAAUGCCAGAGGCCCCAUGAAAGGAGGGAUCAGAUACCAUCCUGAGGUUGAACCAGAUGAAGUGAAUGCUUUGGCACAACUAAUGACAUGGAAGACAGCAGUGGCAAAUAUACCAUAUGGUGGGGCCAAGGGAGGGAUAGGAUGUGAUCCUGCAGAAUUAAGUGUGUCAGAGUUAGAGAGACUUACUAGAGUUUUCACACAGAAAAUUCAUGAUCUGAUUGGAGUUCAGACAGAUGUACCUGCACCUGAUAUGGGAACAGGACCACAGACUAUGGCAUGGAUACUAGAUGAGUAUUCCAAAUUUCAUGGCCACUCUCCUGCAGUAGUGACUGGGAAACCUAUUGAUCUCGGUGGAUCUCUAGGCAGAGAUGCAGCCACAGGAAGGGGAGUCCUCUUUGCAACUGAGGCUUUGCUUAAGGAGCAUGGGAAGAGUGUAUCCGGACAACGGUUUGUCAUACAGGGUUUUGGUAAUGUGGGGUCUUGGGCUGCCCAAUUGAUCAGUGAGAAAGGUGGCAUAGUUGUUGCUGUGAGUGACAUUACUGGGGCCAUAAAGAAUGGCAAUGGUCUUGACAUACCAAGCCUACUCAAGCAUUCUAGAGAACACAGAGGAGUGAAAGGAUUCCAUGGUGGUGAUCCAAUUGAUCCCAAGUCAAUAUUGGUCGAAGACUGUGAUGUCCUUGUUCCAGCAGCUCUUGGCGGAGUCAUCAAUAGGGAAAAUGCCAAUGAGAUUAAAGCCAAAUUUAUUGUUGAAGCAGCCAAUCACCCAACUGACCCAGAGGCUGAUGAGAUCUUGAAAAAGAGAGGGGUUGUGAUCCUGCCAGAUAUAUUUGCAAAUUCAGGAGGAGUCACGGUUAGCUACUUUGAGUGGGUGCAGAACAUCCAAGGAUUCAUGUGGGAUGAGGAGAAGGUGAACAAUGAAUUAAGGACAUACAUGACCAAAGGGUUCAAAGAUGUGAAGGACAUGUGCAAAACCCAUAAUUGUGAUCUUCGUAUGGGGGCAUUCACUCUUGCAGUUAACCGUGUGGCAAGGGCCACCAUUCUCAGGGGUUGGGAAGCUUAA